UUAACUCAGGAAAUGCAUAUGCUGGAAUUAAGAAAUAUAUGCACAGCAUGGUUUCAUUUACUAUAUAUUGUUAAUAUAGUGCAACCUAUAACGGUCGUUAGCUGGUUGGCUAACCUUGUUUCGGUCACGCUGACAUUAAGAGCGUUCAUUUGUCGGGCAUGUGAGAUUAUGCAUUGUUGUGCAGGAUUAAAGGGCUUUUUUCAAACGUGCAUGAUUUAAUUUCCAGCACAAAAUCUGUUAUAAUACUAGUAACAGUAUUCAUGGAGUCGUCAUCUAUGAGUUUAUAGUAUUGCUGCUAGUGAUGGUUGCGAGGUUAUAGAAUCAAACUGAGGCGCAAAAGUCAACAAAAUGACAGCCUUUCAAAUAAUUUAACAAACUAACCAUACGAGUUACAGUUGUUCAUGUACAAAAGCUUCAUUCUGCAUGGGACCUAAACAUCAUCCACUUAUUGUAAGGGUUUGAUUCUAUUUAAGGAAAAGGCUGUAGUAGCUUCUUUUGGGAUAUCACAGAUCCUGAGCGGCCAAUGGCAUCAGAGGAGAUGGAGGGUCUGUGCCCAUUACCAGAGGUGACGGGCAUCAAGGUGGAGCCGUCAGUCAGCAUUGGCUCAGCAGAGGAUGCCACCUCGCAGAACGCCAUGGGCAUAAAGUUUAUAUUACCCAACCGCUUUGACAUGAACGUGUGUUCGCGCUUUGUGAAGUCACUGAACGAGGAAGAAAGUAAAAAUAUCCAGGACCAGGUGAACUCUGAUCUGGAGGUGGCCUCUGUGUUAUUUAAAGCGGAGUGUAAUAUUCAAACAUCUCCCUCACCUGGUAUUCAGGUUAGGCAUGUUUACACGCCAUCAACCACCAAACACUUCUCUCCAAUAAAGCAGUCCACCACGCUCACCAACAAACACCGUGGAAAUGAGGUCUCAUCCACACCGCUGCUCGUUCACUCACUGUCUAUACAUCAGUUGGCGGCACAAGGAGAGAUGGUGUUCUUAGCCAGUCGAAUAGAACAAGAGUCCGUAAUAAACCUGCAGGAUGAGGAGGGAUUCACCCCACUGAUGUGGGCGGCUGCUCAUGGACAGAUCGCUGUGGUGGAGUUCCUCUUACAGAGUGGUGCAGAUCCUCAUCUCUUGGCCAAGGGAAGGGAGAGUGCACUGUCACUGGCCUGCAGUAAAGGGUAUACAGAUAUUGUCAGAAUGCUCAUCGACUGUGGAGUUGAUGUCAAUGAGUACGAUUGGAAUGGUGGAGCACCGAUACUCUAUGCAGUGCAUGGUAAUCAUGUUCGCUGUGUGGAAAUCCUCUUAGAGAGUGGAGCUGACCCAACCAUGGAGUCUGACUCUGGGUUCAAUGCCAUGGACAUGGCUGUGGCGAUGGGACACCGAAAUGUCCAACAGGUCUUGGAGGGCCAUCUUCUGAAGCUUCUGCAAGGUAUCAAAGAAUAACCAUAGCAACUACAAGAAGAAUUAGAGUGAAUAUUUGAGUGUUGAUCGUGAUGAAUGAAGUGGUUAAUACCAUUUCGCAUGUUUGUUGAACACACUUUGAAGAUGCAAAUGCACAGAUCAAACAAACACAUGGCAAUUGAUGAGAUCAGAACUUCAGCGUUUUGAAUCUACUGAUAUGUGUGGUUUUUAUUCAAUGUACGUGUGUUUUAGGUCACUGAUUUUUACCUAGUUGCAAAGUGUACUUGAAGAUAUUUAUUUUGCCAUUUAAAGCAAAAAAAAAAUAA